UCCGGAAACUACAAGUCAGCUGCUGGGAAGCUGAUCAGAGGGUGUUUAUCCCUGAAGUAGCUUGAUGGCAGACGUCGUCAGAUAUUAGGGCUUUCUGUUUUUUUACACUGUUGCUGUGGUUUCUGUGAACAGUUGAGCGGCCGUUGAACGGUUGGGAGCGGUUGGGAACGGUUGGGAACCAGGCGACCGACCGUGAAGAUGAAGCGUGUGUUUCUCCUCGAGGCUCUCUCUGUGGCUUGUUGUGUGCUCUUAAGCCAAGUGACAGCGAAGAAUUCUGAAGACAUCCGGUGUAAAUGCAUCUGUCCACCGUACAGAGACAUCGAGGGACAAAUCUACAAACAAAACGUCUCUCUCAAAGACUGUAACUGUCUCCAUGUCGUUGAACCCAUGCCGGUUGAUGGAAAAGAUGUGGAGGCGUACUGUUUACGCUGUGAGUGUAAAUAUGAAGAGAGGAGCUCAGGGACCAUUAAGGUCACCAUCAUAAUGUACCUCUCCAUUUUGGGCCUGCUGCUGCUCUACAUGGUCUACCUGACUCUCCUGGAACCCAUAUUGAAGAGGCGUCUGUUCGGACACUCGCAGCUCAUCCAAAGUGACGAUGAUGUCGGGGACCAGCAGCCUUUUGCCAAUGCUCACAAUGUUCUGUCCCGUUCACACUCUCGACCCAACAUGCUGAACAAAGUGGAGCAUGCCCAGCAGCGCUGGAGGAGGCAGGUCCAGGAACAGAGGAAGUCUGUGUUCGACCGCCAUGUUGUUCUCAGUUAAACUGCCCAGCGAGCAAGAGUUACUGGUGGAGCAAAAACAAAAAAAAAAAAACACUGUGAUGGAGCCCUCAGUUUAUAUCGCUUCCUUUUUCUCAUUUGUGGUUUGUAUCUCAUCAAUUGUGACACUUCCGAGGUGAACAUGGUGAAGAAAUCUGGAUCUGUAGAGUCCCUGCCAGAUGUAUAAUCAAAGCUGGGAGCUCUUAUUUAGUCUGCAGGCAGCACAAGAGAUUACAGUGAAUUCAUUUUUGCACAUUCUUGAAAGAACAGUCUUAAAUAGUGUUUUCCAAAAGCCGAAUUUCCUCCCUGCCUGCUGUCUGGUUUGCAGAAGUGCCAAGUCGCCAGAGAAUUUGCAAUGAAAAAUUUGGUAGAGACUAAUAAAUGCGAGAUAAAAAUAAACCUUUCAAGUGAAUAUUUUAUAACACCCUCUAACUCUUUCUGGCCACAGUGUCAGGUGCAGUCCCAUCAGUCCAAAGCCGACCAAGUCUCCUAAUUUAACAAACCAAACUGGCUGUGAGAGUAAGACAUCCAGAUGUUGGUUGGUGCCACUCCUCGUGGCUGGAUAACUGGACCAGUAAUGAUCUGCUAACAUGUAGCUUGUGGGUAUUUUCCACCUCCCUGAAAAACUAAUAUAACUUUGAACUACUGCUCUCACCACAUGAUAAAAGAAAUAGUGUAAAAUAUAAAUCUUUCAGCCUUCUUUGAAAAUGCAUGUUUUAUAAUAAAUCUUUUAUAAAUGUGUUUUCAAUCCUUCAUUCCUACCACAAUGUUUAACGUCUGAUAACUGGUGUGAAAUCCAUCAUUUAAUGCAUUACAUUAAACUUGAUAUUUGGAAGUAGUUUCACUGAACCUCGUUGCUGAAAUCGAUGCAAUUUCUUGGUGAUGUCAUUGUAAACGUAGCUGUGCUAUUGAUCCUCAUCUGUUGAAGACCCUACUGAAAACAGUGCCCUCUUCAGCUGCCUGAUCAAACGUCUGUUGUUUUAUUUUGGCACUUCUGUGUGCUCGGUCUAACGUCAGUUCUAUUAUGAAGGUCCUUGUCAAACAGGCAGCGUGAGUAUGACGGAGUUGCUGUUAUUCUGAGUUUAGAGGAGUUUAUUUUUGUGUAUUUUGGGGCUGUGCACAUGGGCAGAGUGGAUGAAGAACCACUGUUGGGAGACCUAUGAAAGUGUUCUUAACUAUUGUAAAUGUGGUACCUUUAACUUUGAAUAAAUUUAUGUAAUAUUUGUGA